GCAUGCGUGGCGGCGACGGGGCCGCGCGGCCCCAGGCGGGUGCGCGCGUGGUGCCUGCCGCGCGCCAUGGCGGCCAAUGAGGACCAGGAGAUGGAACUGGAGGCGCUGCGCUCGAUCUACGAAGGAGACGGCUGCUUCAGGGAGCUCAGCCCGGUGUCCUUCCAGUACAGGAUAGGAGAAAAUGGAGAUCCCAAAGCCUUUCUAAUAGAAGUUUCUUGGCCAGAAACAUAUCCACAAACAGCACCAGUCAUAUCAAUGGAUGCUUUCUUCAACAACACGAUAUCUGCAGCUAUUAAACAAAGUAUAUUGGAUAAAUUAAUGGUAGAAGUCGAAGCUAAUCUUGGAACUGCUAUGACAUACACACUUUUUGAAUAUGCCAAAGACAAUAAAGAAUCGUUCAUGGAAAAUCAGCCUGUUAACACUGUGACUUCAGUAAGCAAUAAUAUUUCUAUUGGAACUUCUGAUGUGCCAGCAAAUAAGAAAAAAGACAAAAAGGAACAGUUAUCCAAAACCCAGAAAAGAAAGCUAGCCGACAAAACAGAUCACAAAGGAGAGCUUCCUCGAGGAUGGAACUGGGUGGACGUCAUUAAGCAUUUAAGCAAAACUGGUUCUAAAGAUGAUGAAUAAAGGACUUUGGUACAUGGAAACUCAACCUCUUAAUACAGUGCAAUUUUGGGUCACCGUCUUUCUCUUAAUAGCUUUCUUAUUUGUUGAAGUAAAGGUUUUAUAAAGCUUGAUUUCCUAACUCAUAAAUCCAGACACACAAGUUUGUCUUGAGACUGCGUGGUCUUCUUUGGAAACUAAACUUGCCUUAAAUGGAGGUAAAAAUGUGAACAAAGGAUACAGAGGGUGAAUGUGGUAAAAUGAAUAGUGCUAUAUGCAGUGUUUUUUAAUUUAUAUCUUACUCUGUAGUAAAAUCCUUUUGUAGUGAACCUGAUGAUACUGUAAACAUUUCCCGAUGUUGUUACUCCAAUGGAAGAAAAAAGCACUAUAGCAGUGAUUAGUCACUUGAUAGCAUAAUUCAUUAAAAUAAAUUAUUCCAUGGAAACAAAACCUUUGUCAUUUGUUUAUCUAAUACAAAUGUAGAAGAGCAUAAAAAUUGCUUCAUUCUGAGGCAGAACUUGUUCUCUUUUCACUCGUUUUUGGCUGAAGUAGCAAACACUUGUGAAAGCAAGGACAAGUACUCUGGUUACUGAAAGAAAUGAGAGCUUCCAACAUGAGUCUGUGUUCUUUAUUCUCUGAAGUAUGCACCUGUUAGUCUUUCUCCAGCGUGCAUCUUUACAGAAGGUCGUGUGUUUGAAGGGAAAGAAGAGUGCAAUCUGGCAUGUCGCUCAACAACUGUUAGAUCUUGUAGCUCUUUUAUGAGAGAAGUGGGCAUUCUUUGAAGGGCUUUACUGGCUGAAUGUUGGAACAGCCUGACAAGUCUGCACUGCCAAAUGUGUUGGGGAAACUUGUUUUCUAGUGUGCUCUUCUUAUCAGAAAGAGAAGUCAUCUUUACCAUAUGAACAGUUAUUGAAUACAAGAUGCCUUAAUGUCCUUUAUUUUUGUGUGUUUUGAGAUGAACCUAAAUAAAUACCUAUUUAUCUUC